AUUAAUAAAUUAAUAAACAUGCUGGUUUAACUAAGACCACGAAAUUAGAAAGUAUUGAAAAUAAACAACCACCACACUUAAUACCUGCGACGAUGAUGAUGGAAACGGGAUGAGCCACACGAUGUCGCCACGUGUCCGAUAAAAAUUCCGAUCGGUCACGCUAUAAGUACGACCUCUAACCGCCUUUCCAUUUCCCCAACCCGCACGCGCUCCCCACGCUCCACCGGAACCCUAACCGUACCAACAAUGGCGUCGUCUCUCUCCAGCGCUGCGCUCACCACCGCCUUGCUCCCCCGCACGCCGCCGUCAGCUUCCGCAAACAGGCGGCGGUAUUCGCGUCCGGACGACGGGCAACGGCGGCAGGGCGGCGAAGUGUAUGGCGUCGUACAAAGUGAAGCUCGUCACUCCGGAGGGAGAGAAGACAAUCGAGUGCCCUAGCGACGUGUACAUCCUCGACGCGGCGGAGGACGCCGUCGUCGACCUACCGUACUCGUGCCGCGCCGGAUCUUGCUCCUCGUGCGUCGGGAAAAUCGAGAGCGGCGGCGUGGACCAGUCGGACCAAAGCUAUUUGGACGACGAUCAGAUUAACGACGGUUGGGUGCUAACCUGCGCAGCGUAUCCUACUUCGGACCUCGUUGUGAAGACGCACUUGGAGGAGAAACUCUUCGGCUAAUGAAGAACGAACCUGUUUACAUGACUUAAUUCUUCUUCAAUUCACUUAUUCACGGGAGUAAGAAGUUAUAUAGUAAUAUCGAUUUAGCGUCGGCUAAGCCUGCUGCUGUGAUUUUGGUGGUAUAUCAUAUUAACAGUCAACUCCGCCAUUGUUGGUGAUAUUGCUGCUUAAAAUAUGAAAUAAAAUGUAUUAUUAUAUUAAAAAAAAUUAACAAAUUAUAUGAAACGAGAAGUAUAAUAUAUGGAAGAUAUAUUCAGGGUGUGUUUGUUCGGAGGAUAGGAUUUUUUUUCACUAUUU